AUGGCAGUCAAGACGAGAGCUGCGCCUAGACAGACCCCCGUACCGACUAUUGGGCGACAAGGACCAUCCAGUAGUGCCAAGAAGACGACAGCAGCGCCCAGAAUCAAGCCUAGUGGCAAGCCUAACACAAGCAUAUUGAGCUUCUUCAAGAAGUCAGAUGGGCUAUAUGAGGAGCCUGCAUUGUUUGUCGAGGAGCGGAAGAGGUCAUUGCCAGUGGAGGACGUGGAGAAUCGCACUCCGUCCCCAGCGAAGCAGGAUGUGUGGGAAGAUGAGGAGAGGUUCAACGAAAGCGGCGGCUCAAUGAAGAGGCAGAGAGUGGAGACCUUCGGUGAGACGGUCGAUGAGACUAGAGUCGAGCCGAAAGAUAGUCCUAUGACAAGCGACAAGACUUCUCGUACGAAAUCUGGUCCGUUCAUGGAGGAAUCAGACAGUGAGCAGGAGGAUGAGCAGCCGGCAGUCCUUACACCUGCGGAAGGUGCCGCCGAGCCCAUCCAUGAUGAGACUGCAGCUGCCAGUACGGCGACCUUGGAUGGAGCGGUGCAAGAUGCAGACGAUGAUGUUAAGACUUCGUUGGACAGUGCACGACCACCACUCAUCAAAGAGGAGACAAGUUAUGGUGGCGGCUCGGAGGAGUUCAAGGACUUUGAGGGCAUGGACGACUUCGAUGAGGAUCUGUUUGAGGAGGGUGAUGAGUUCAUGGAGAGGCGGUAUGCGGAGGAGCAGGCUCGACUGGAAGAGGGAGAAGACGAGAAGGACUAUGAUCCUACACCAGAAGGGCAUGGCGAUGUUCUUGUCAAGCAAGAAGAUCCAGACGAGGCAGCAUUACCACUGGUCGGCGGAGCGUCCUGCCCUAUCUGUAGUGCCAGCCUUGCUGGAAUCAGCGAGCAGGACGCAGGUGUGCAUGUCAACAAUUGUCUCGACGGCAACCCCACGCCACUGCCAGAGAAGAAGCCGCCAGCUGCUAAGGCAACGUGGUCUAUAUCUGAUAGAGCCAUCAAGACAGAGAACACUGCCUCCGCUGCUCAGUACAGAAGACCACAACGAGCGCCCAAACCUGGUCAAGCAGAUCCCCUCGAUUACGGCCAGACGACUAGCGCAGGCGGUACAGCGUUCAACAAGCUCAUGUCUGGUCACGCCGAAGAUGCAGCAUGGGCCGAAGCAGCAGCAUCUGAGCAUGCAUCUCGCGGCAAACCUGCAUACCAGCGGACGUGUCCCUUCUACAAGGUCAUGCCUGGACUUUCGAUCUGUGUCGAUGCCUUCCGCUAUGGUGCCGUGCAAGGCUGCCAGGCAUACUUCCUCAGUCAUUUCCACAGCGAUCACUACAUUGGUCUGACCAGCUCGUGGAGUCAUGGACCUAUCUACUGUUCACACGUCACUGCAAAUCUGGUCAGACAGCAGUUACGAGUUGACCCGAAGUGGGUGGUAGAUCUCGACUUUGACGUGCCUAUGGAAGUGCCGGGCACCAAAGGCGUGAAGGUGACGAUGAUCAACGCGAAUCAUUGCCCAGGCUCUUCACUCUACCUCUUCGAGAAAGUGGUCGGAAAGAAGACGAACGGGGAGCCACGACUGCAACGUAUCCUCCACUGCGGCGACUUCAGAGCUUGCCGAGCACAUAUACAGCAUCCGCUUCUCAUGCCAGACGUCCAGGACAAACUUACAGGCAAGACGAAAGAGCAGAAGAUCGACGUCUGUUACCUCGACACCACGUAUCUGAAUCCGAAGUAUGCUUUUCCGAGUCAACAGAAUGUGAUUCAAGCUUGUGCGGACAUGUGUGUGAGUCUCAGCAAACACAGCGUAGACGAAAGCGAUGGAUGGGAGCAGAUGAAGCGCCGGCGAGCAGGAGAAGGCAUGGUGAAAUUCGUACGCAAAGAGUCAAGCUCAGCCAUCAAGGAAGAAGACUUGGAGGACGAAGGCGACGACGACGACAAGACCAACAUGUCCCUCCUCCGCAACCCGGCUGCAAGCCAACAAGUCUUCACCACAUCAACCACACCUGACACCAGCAAGGGCCGAGGACGUCUGCUGGUAGUGGUGGGUACCUACAGCAUAGGCAAAGAACGGAUCUGCCUUGGGAUCGCCCACGCUCUGGGGUCGAAGAUCUUUGCUCCUCCAUCCAAGAUGCGGAUAGUGUCUGCACUCGAGGAUCCCGAGCUAGAUGCUCUCAUGACCACCGAUCCACGAGCGGCACAAGUCCACAUGACGCCGCUGUUUGAGAUUAGAGCCGAGACACUGGAUGACUACCUGAAAGACUACUUCCCUCACUUCACCCGAGCAGUAGGCUUCCGGCCUUCGGGCUGGAACUACCGCCCUCCAACAUCUCGAUUCUUAGAAUCCCCAUCCGUCUCUACAGUCCUCAACGGCGAUAAUUGGAAAAGCAACUACAGCAUGAAAGACCUCGUACCCCAACGUGGCAGCACGAGCCGAGCGAGCUGUUUUGGCGUCCCUUACUCAGAGCAUAGCUCUUUCAGAGAAUUGACGAUGUUCUGUUGUGCGCUCAGGAUCGAGAAGAUCAUUCCGACGGUCAAUGUGGGCAGUGCGAAGAGCAGGGAUAAGAUGAAGAGUUGGUGUGAGAGGUGGUUGAUUGAGCGGCAGAAGAAGGGGGUGUGGAAGUUGCCUGAGGAUGGGAGUUGGUGA